CAGGCAUGGCGCAAGUAGUAAGAAAGGGAAAGAAAAAAACGGAUGCCCCUCCCCCUCUUACCGGUAAAGUCGAUUAGUUAGUGGCUGUAACCACCACCACCACCACCACCAUUAUUCCUACCUUCGACCCCUUAUCAGCCGUGCGGGCAACGGGCAACUUCCCUCCCCCCCGCAGAAAGGGUUGCCUAUUCAGACUAGAACCACGCAACAGAGUAUAAAACCUUCUCUCGUCCCACCUCCCCGGGCACCGCUUUUCUUCCCUCAAUCCACUUUCCAUAAACCACUCCCCCAUCCAGCCAUCAUUCUCAUUAGAUUCUCACGGCUCUCUGCCUUUCAUCACACCGCAACCAAAAUGCCUCUUUACAACGUCACCCUGAAGAAGGACUCUCCCCCCGAGGAGUUGGAGAAGGCCAAGCAGCAGGCCACCGAGAAGGGCGGCACCAUCAAGCACGAGUACUCUCUCAUCAAGGGCUUCACUGUUGAGUACCCCGAGGACAGCGUGCUCUCGCUCGAGGCCAAUGAACACGUGCAUGUCGAGCAGGACGGCGAGGUGCGCACUCAAUAA